CGCGGGCCGCGGUGGUUACAUGACGUAAUCUCGCGGGUCUGACGUCACUUUGCCAUGGCGGCUGUGGGUCAGCUGGGCGGGCUGUUGCCGCUGCGCGCUUCGUUCAGGACAGUGCGGUGGAGAGACGAUCCUCGUGCCGGCCUCCGCAGCUCCGCCGUGGCCAUGCGUCCCGUAGCGAGUGAGGCCGAGUUUGAGGCGGCGAAGCAGCGGCUGGGACAGCUGACGUCGGACCCAGGAAAUGAGGCAAAACUCCAGAUCUACGCACUCUUCAAGCAGUCCACGCAGGGGUCUUGCAACACCCCCAAGCCCGGAAUGCUGGACUUUGUCAACAAAAUGAAGUGGGAGGCGUGGAAGAACCUGGGAGCUCUGAGCAAGGAGGAGGCUCGGCUGAAGUACGUGCAGCUCAUCGACUCGCUGGUGGCGGCCGAGACUCCUGCUGCUCCGUCGACGGAGGCCGGCGCCACAGCUUACCAGACCCUGCAGCUGAAGCGUGAGAACAACAUGACGGUGAUCACGCUGAACCGGCCCGACAAGAAGAACGCCAUCAACAGCACGAUGUACGAAGAGAUUAUGAAGGCGUUGGAGGAGGCUGGGAAAGACGAGUCCGCGUUUGCCGUUAUCACAGGCGCCGGCGAUUACUUCUGCAGUGGCAACGACCUCAGCAACUUCACCAACAUCCUGCCCAGCGGCAUCAAGCAGAUGGCGCUCGACGCCGCCGAGCUGCUGCGUAGGUUUGUGUCGUCCUUCAUCGAAUUCCCCAAGCCGCUGGUGGCGGUGGUGAACGGCCCGGCGUUGGGCGUGGCGGUGACGCUGCUCGGCCUCUACGACGCCGUCUACGCUACCAGCAGGGCGACGUUCCAGACCCCGUUCAGCCAGCUGGGUCAGAGCCCCGAAGGCUGCUCCUCCUACAUCUUCCCCAAGCUCAUGGGCGCCGCCAAGGCCACCGAGAUGCUUCUCUUCAACAAGAGGCUGACGUCCCAGCAGGCGUGCGACCUGGGCCUUGUCACCGAAGUCUACCCUGACAACAGCUUCCAGCGGGAGGUGUGGGCUCGCUUGGAAACGUUGGCCAAGCUGCCCAAGAAGUCCCUGGCGUUCUCCAAGCAGCUGUCACGCGACGCGGAGCGGGAGGCUCUGCAUGCGGCCAACUUGCGCGAGUGCCAGUGCCUCAUCGAGUGCUUGCAGUCCGAAGAAUGCAUGGCCGCCAUCGCAGGCUUCUUCCAGAGCAAGGCCAAGCUGUAGCCCGCUGCCAGGGGCGGGGGGUGGGGUGAGGCGGCCGCUGUGUGCGGUGCCGUGUGGCGCCACAUCUCACCGUCGCGCUAGUGGUGGUGGUGGGUGUGCGGUUUAGUGGUUAGGCGUCGUGGUCAUUUCGUGUUGCAGCGCCGUGAGAUUACGUGUGAGUGUACCGCUUUGGAAUGUGCUCGGAGUUGCAUCCGGGAGCGAUGAAUUGGCGCCGAAUGGGACUGAUUGUAGUGGCGCGCGUUUACCGAGAUUCCGUUUCGUAAACGUCCAAUCAGCAGCUGCUGCUGCACUGUGAAAAUUUGGUGAAAGAGCAUUGGACUGUGAUGAUGCACACAUACACGCGCGCAUGCAGACACGCGCACGAACACGCAGGCACAUGCACACAUGUACACAGACACAAGCAUACACACACAUAUAGAGUACUAGCGGUAAGUACCCGGCGUUGCACG